UGAAUAUCGAGGGCCUGAUAACUUAGGUGAUAUAUCUACUUCAUCUAUUGAAUAGCAAGACUACGACAGCUAUCCAACCUUCAUUAAUGAGAAUUUAUUUAUUUUUGGUCAUAAAUACAGAUUAGCCUAAUCGCAUACUGCAAAGAAAAAACAUGGUUACUCAGUCUGCUUUGCUCCAUAUGUUCUUCUUGCUUUCAUUGGCAGUGGCACCACCGUCGAACGCUACCACCACUACCAAACCCGGCUGCCAAAGUAGUUGUGGUAACAUAGAAAUUCCAUACCCGUUUGGUAUUGGGCCGAAUUGUUCUAAGAACUCGCACUUUAACAUCCACUGCGAUACUUCUUUCAACCCUCCAAACCUUACCUCUCCUUUGCAAAUGUGAGUCUCAGCUUAGAGGUUGUUAAUAUCUCAAAAUCCCAAAUCCAUGUCAAGAACUCGGAGCUGCAGCUGGCAAGGACAUGCUAUGGCAUGUGGUCCUAUUCCAAUAUGAAGAAUUAUUCUAUACACCUCAAUUUUGAUUCAACUCCGUAUACCUUGUCAGAUGCAAAUCAGCUAACGGUAGUUGGUUGUGAUGACAUGGCUAUGGCACAACAAAUUUCAGACAUAAUCGAUGAGAACGGUGGUUUUGGUUGUCUACCGUACUGUCGAAAAAGUAGAGAUGGGGUCGGAAAGUGCCCCGGCGUGGGUUGUUGCCAAACCUCCAUAUCCAAAACUGAUGCUCUGAAAGUUGAACUGGUUGACAUGCUUACUAUUUGGGGGAAAGAUAAAAAAGAUUUCAGGUGUAGUUUUGCCUUCGUUGGAAUGAUAGGAAAACUCGGUAAUAUCAAAUUUAAAUUAUCUGACCUCAAUGAUCCAAAAGCAUUCGGAAAGAAUAAUAAAGAGUUUUUGGAUAGGCCAUUGGUGUUAGAUUGGAGAAUUGAUCCUUUUUCGAAUUGCACCAAAACUUCAUGUGGAAAGCAUAGUUCUUGCAUUAACAUGGUUGUAGGUAAUGGAGGAUAUCACUGCAAGUGCAACGAAGGAUAUGAAGGCAAUCCUUACCUACGUUCAGGGUGCCAAGAUAUCGAUGAAUGCCACAAUAAUCCCUGCGACUCCCGUGGAAUUUGUCGCAAUAGUUUGGGUUCUUAUAGCUGUCAUUGCAGCUAUGGAUAUUAUGGUGAUGGCAAAAAAAAUGGUACUGGUUGUAUACCAGUGCCAGUGUCUCAUAGCAAAGUGACAAUAGGAGUAGGCUUGGGCUCUGGAAUAGGAUUACUACUUUUAUUAUCAACUUGCUUUUGGUUAUACAAGUUUCACAAGAAGGGAAAAAAUAAGAAGCGUAAACAAAAGUUUUUCAAACGAAAUGGUGGGCUCUUGCUACAACAACAAAUAUCAAGUGAUGAAGGUAUACUUGAAAAAACACGACUUUUCACUUCUAAAGAACUAGAGAAAGCAACUGAUCGCUUCAAUGAAAGUCGAAUACUUGGCAGAGGAGGUCAAGGGACUGUGUAUAAAGGUAUGUUAUCUGAUGGAAAAAUCGUAGCAAUAAAGAAAUCCAUCUUAAUAGAUGAAAACCAAGUGGGGAAAUUCAUUAACGAGGUUGUCAUGCUUUCAAAAAUCAUUCAUAGAAAUGUUGUUAAGCUAUUAGGAUGUUGCCUAGAAACAGAAGUUCCGCUACUAGUUUAUGAGUUCAUUUCCAAUGGAACUCUUUUUGAUCAUAUACAUGAUGAGAAUGAUGAAUUCCUAUUUUCAUGGAGUCGGCGUUUGAAAAUUUCAGUAGAAGUGGCAGAAGCACUUGCAUAUCUUCACUCUGCAACUUCUAUUCCCAUCUAUCACAGAGAUGUUAAGUCAUCCAACAUACUUCUUGAUGAAAAAUAUGUAGCAAAAGUUGCCGACUUUGGAACUUCAAUGUCAAUUGCAGUGGAUCAAACUCAUCAAACUACCUUAGUAAAAGGGACAUUUGGAUAUUUAGAUCCAGAGUACUUUCAGUCAAGUCAGUUUACAGAAAAAAGUGAUGUUUACAGUUUUGGAGUUGUUCUUGUCGAGCUCUUGACUAGCCAAAAACCAAUAUCUUUUGAUAAAAUAGGAGAGCAAAGAAGUUUAGCAACAAGGUUUUUGUUAUGCAUGGAAGAAGAAAAUUUCGAUAUAAUCCUUGACACCCAAGUAUUACAGCAAGGUAACAGAGAAGAGCUCAUAGCAGUGGCCAAAGUUGCUCAAAGGUGCUUGAAUUUGAAUGGAAAGAAAAGGCCAACUAUGAAAGAAGUAGCCAUGGAGUUGGAGAGUAUAAGAAAGUCUAAAACACUUUCGACUACUUCUGAAACUAAAUAUGAUGGCAUACAACUGCAAAAGUCCAAAUCAAUAUUGAUUUCAGAUGAUGACUACACAUGGACAAAUACUGGUGGGAGUGACAUUACCAUCCCACACUUGUCCCCUAAAGAUUCACACAGUUUGAUUCCAUUGAGUGGUUUCUAAACAAUUUCCUCAUUUGUAGCAACCAAUGUUUUUGUAAUUGUUUAUUUAAGCAACUAAUAAUAUUCUCUAGAAAUUUCCCAUGCCAAA